CAGUUGGAGUAUAGUGUACGUACACAGAAUACACAGAAUGUACUGUGUGUGUGGAGUUGUGGGAGAAUACAUGGGAAAAACAGGCUCCACUGUUCCUGUUCAGGAAUGUACGACUUAGUCCUAAUCUUUGGGAUCUGUGGGGGGCCGGUGGUGACUGUGUCACCUGCCUGGUCUGUGAGGGUCCAACUUUAAUGUUUAUAUGAUCUUACAGCCAAAUGAAAUGAUCAAAAUGAAAUCAUUUAAAUCCAGGUUUAACACCGGACGUUUUCAGAGGGACACGAUAAAAAUCCAAAAUAGAAAAAAAAAAUCCAACUGUGUCUCAUGUUUGACCACGUGACAGUAAAAUUGAAAAAAAAAAAAAUCCUAGAGCAGAGUUUGGAGUUAUAAAUCUGUCUCAGGCCCUCAGACCUGGCCCCCAGUCUCCUGUUGCUGCCCCCCCUCCUGGCUGGCAUGUGUGUGGAAUAGAAAUGUGUGAGGCCUUUUGUCCAGCUUGUUCCAGGGAACUGUUCUCUGCUCUUAGACGAGGGAGAAAGGGAGAGAGUCGAAACCAGAGUCCAGUCCCUGGAGUCUGGACGUACACAGUCAUCAGGGUUUUUUUUUUUCUUCACUGGUUGUUUUCGUUGUUUUGUAUCGUCUCUGUGAUGAGUGACUCCAGAUCUGAGUCGACUCAGUAACCAGAGCAAAUGUGAGGUGAGGAUUUCUGGACUUAUCGUUAAAGGAGGAAACUUCAGGGUCAGAAUGAAGUCAGCGCUGGUGACUGGACACUGCUGAGGACAAACGCUGGUGGAGUCCACGCAGACACAAACACAGCAGAAUGGAAGAAGCACCAGUGGACAGACACAAGAUGGACGGUCACCAGACCGCGGGCGUCUCUGACCAGAUGACCCCCAAACGCCCCUGCGUCUCCACACUCAAAAUGUUUAUCCUGGCUCUUUCGUUUGCCUCCUUUUCCAAAGCCCUGGCCGGGACCUACAUGAAGACCUCCAUCACACAGAUCGAGCGACGGUUCGAGCUCUCCAGCACACACAUCGGACUCAUCGACAGCAGUUUUGAAAUGGGCAACCUGCUAUUCCUGGCGGUGGUCAGCCAUUUUGGGGCCAAACUGCAUCGACCCAGACUUAUUUCGGCGGGUUGUUUCCUCAUGGCAGUUGGAUCUUUCCUCACGGGCCUGACACACUUCUUCAUGGGGAGAUAUACAUACAGCACCGUCGUCCAGGUCUUUCAGAAUGACAGCGCGAACAUCGCUGCCUGUGCUGAUCCUCUGAACGUAGAGGCUGGAAUUCCGAUGGAACUUCCUUUGGAAGGAAAUAAAGCCUGUGUGAGAGAACCUGGAACCCACAUGUGGAUCUACGUGUUCCUGGGGAACGCUCUGAGGGGAAUCGGAGAAACUCCCGUCACUCCUCUGGGCAUCUCUUACAUUGACGACUUCUCCAAACCUGAAAACUCUCCCUUCUACAUCGCCUGUCUGCAGACCAUUUCCUUUCUCGGCCCCAUGUUUGGUUUCCUCCUGGGUUCUUACUGCGCCAGACUCUACGUGGACAUUGGAUUUGUUGAUCUGGAAAGCGUGACCAUCACCCCUAAAGAUUCCCGCUGGGUUGGUGCCUGGUGGAUGGGCUUCAUGGUGUCCUCUGCUCUCCUGCUCAUGUCCAGCAUUCCCUUCUGUUUCCUGCCUCGCUCUCUGCCGGUGAACGAGGAACUCCGAGACAAGUCGUGUCCAAAACAGACGACGGGAAAUGGGACAAACGGUGGAAUGGACGACAAUCACAACCUCAAGUUAGGAGACAUCGCAAAAGGGUUCCUUCCGUCACUGAGGCGACUCUUGGGAACUCCUGUUUACUUCCUGCUUCUCUGUGGAAGCAUCCUGAAGUUCAACUCUUUAAUCGGACUGUUUACCUUUAAAGCCAAAUACAUGGAGCAGCAGUUUGGACAGUCGGCGUCCAGAGCCAAUUUCCUCAUAGGUGUGUUGAACCUCCCAGUGGUGGCGCUGGGGAUCUUCCUGGGCGGGCUGCUGAUGAAGCGCUACAAGCUGAGCGUGGUGUCAGGAGUUCAGCUCUCCUUCGCCACGUCCUUCGCCGCGUACCUCCUCCUGCUGCUGCAGUUUGGCACCAAGUGUGACAACAUUCCCGUGGCUGGGCUCACCGUCUCAUACAACGGGACGGAGGGAUUGUCGUACCACAGUGAAAUGCUCUUCUCAGAGUGUAACACGCACUGUUCGUGUUCGGCUGAGGAGUGGGAUCCAGUCUGCUCCGACAGCGGCAUCACCUUCAUCUCCCCGUGUAUGGCUGGCUGCCUCAGCUCCAGUGGAUACGGAAAAAACACAGUCUUCCACAACUGCAGCUGCGUGUCUGUGUCCUACCCAGCAGGGAGCAGCACUUCAGUGAAGUUGGGCCAGUGUCCACACACCAAGAACUGUGGCCGCAGUUUCACCUCCUACAUGGCCGUGUCUGUCCUCAGCUCCUUCAUCAACUCACUGGGAAUCACUCCUGGCUUCAUGGUCAUCAUACGAUGCAUUGCCCCGGAGCUCAAAUCGCUGGCGCUAGGGAUUCAGACCUUGGUCACGAGAACUCUGGCGGGGAUUCCUGCCCCGGUGUAUUUCGGGGCUCUGAUCGACUCGACGUGUCUGAAGUGGUCCUUUAAGAAGUGUGGGGUCAGGGGGGCGUGUCGUAUGUACGACUCGGACAUGUACAGGCUCAUCUUCCUGGGUCUGAUCACGUGCCUCAGUGGUUCUUCGUACGUCUUCAUCAUCGCCAUCAUUGUCCUGUUAAAGAGACAGUCUCGCAAACCGCAGCAGGUGAACGCGCCGCCAUCAAAAACUGCGGUCGUCGAAGUUGAACUCAAGACCGCAGCCGUCGACGGCCAAAGCCAGCUCAGUGUUGGCAGAACUCCCAGGAUGCAUCACGGCCCAAGUAUAUGGACGACGAUGGUAAAAGACACAGACGGCGCACUGGAGGAGCAACGGUGUGGACGGCUGACUACAGUCCAGCUGUGUCCUCCUCCUCGAGGAGGAGGGUUGGACAUGGACAGGCUGAACAGAGAGGAAGAAGAAGAGAAAAAGGAGGAAGACCGGAUUUCUAACAAGACUAAUGCACAGUCGGGAAGAGAUGAAGACGACGUGAACCAGACGGUAAAGAAAACUGAACAGCACAAAGACAGAGAGAACAGAGAAAACUAAAGACUUCAAGAAAGCCAAAAGGGAAUACUGAUGACAUCACUGGCUGCAGGACACAUUUAUUUUUUAAUGGCGGUUCUGUCGGACCUUUCUGAACGUCACAGUGUCCUUUUUCUGAACUUGGACCAGUAAUUUAGACAAAAACAUCUUCAUCACAUAGAACAAAAAAAUAAAGAAAUGGAACAGAAGUAAAGAAGAAUAAUCCUGCCUCGAAGGAAAUGUCAAUAUUUUCAACAGGUGUUGACGCUCCCUUACACCAGACCUGGUUAAUAAGACACAACAACGUGUCAGAAAAAAUUGCUGUUAAACUUAAAACACCUUUAAUGUUUCAGAGCGAUGGUUCUCAAACUUUGGUACGUGUUAUUGGUUGUACAUAAUGUCUAUAUACACUUUCAAUGAAGGUGCAGUAGUCCAUAUAUUUUGGCCACUUGAGGGCAGCAUAAUGUAUUGCAAGCAUCGCCGCUGUUGAGAUGCCACUGCCUGUUUUUUUUUUUUUUUUGUGGGAGUCGUUAGAAUUGAUCGAUGUGUCGAUAAAAUCACUUUAAAUUGAUCAAAAUAUAGAAAAUGAAAAAACAAGUUCAAGCUUUGGUUAAUAAAUAUUUGAUUAAUUAAAUUGUGUUUUUGCGACAAUGACUGGUGAGGUGUAAAGUUUAAUCUAUAGAUAAUUUUUUAAAAACUAUAUAAAUGACGUGACUGUUUAUACUUUCUUCUCUUUGAAUCAUUGAAUUGAAUGAUCUUUCCUCACGGUGGCGGCUGUGGUUCGCGUUUGUAUUGAACUUCUGCAGCUGUGUGAACGUGUGCGCGCUCAGUCAUUAGAGACCGUUACCCAAUGACUACUUAUCAAUUAAUCAUUGCCUGAUGACACUUGACCCCUGACCUGUUCACUGCUCAGGGAAUGGUAAUGAAGCAGCUGUAGUGGUCCUUUAAACAGAGACGAAUGUGAGGAAAGAGCUCAGAAGAAACAAAGAAAAAAUCUCUGAAGUAAAGUUCCCUUCAAGGAAUGUUUUUUAUUUUUGAAAUCUAGUUGGAAAAAUUAGGAUUUGAUCGUUUAUUCUGUCGUCAUUUACAGUUGAUGAGAGGAUGAAUUCAGGAGAAUAUGGCAGUGGCGUCGCUGCUGCUGCUGCUGCUGCUGAUGUGUCGUCAUUAGAAAAUUACAGGAAAUAAAGGGAGGUGUUUAUUGGACCUCGGUGGGUUUAGGGUCUCACUUGUCCAUUAGGACUGCGCUGCGUCUCUGCGGUGAAAACCACCUGCACUCGUCGCCGUCGUCGUCAUCUAAUGCCUUUGGUGGCGUUUCCACAGUGAGAUGAGAUUAAACGAUCGCAGCGUUAGCGAUCGGACAAAUUAGAGACACAGCGUUCUAGAUUUGUUUUUGGUUUUUUGUUAUAAUAAUAUGUCACAAAACGGGAGAGUAUUUGAAGCGGAUAUUUGAACAAAUAAAAUCCGAUGGUCUGCUAGAGGUCCCCACUCCAGUGGUUGUGGACCUGCGAGGUAAAAGACCAUGAGCAGAGCUAAGGUGUGACUGUGAUGUUUGAUAUGAACCUAGUUUA